CUUGCCAGUGUGACCCCCAAGGUUCGCUGAGUUCAGUGUGCGAUCCCAACGGAGGCCAUUGUCAGUGUCGACCCAAUGUGGUUGGCCGAAGAUGCGAUAAAUGCGCCCCGGGCACCUUUGGCUUUGGACCCACCGGAUGCAAACCCUGCGAGUGUCACGUCCAAGCGUCUGCAAACGCCUUCUGCCACCCGGAGACCGGGCAGUGCCAUUGUUUCCACGGAGUUUACGGCCGCCAGUGCGACAGAUGUUUGCCCGGAUACUGGGGGUUCCCAAGCUGCCAGCCCUGCCAGUGCAACGGUCACGCGGACGAGUGCGAUCCCUACAGUGGCCAGUGCUUGCAUUGUCGCGAUCACACCUCAGGCCCCAAUUGUGAGAGAUGCCUUGCUGGUUAUUAUGGAGAUCCAGUCUUGGGAUCAGGGGAUCACUGCCGUCCUUGCCCGUGCCCAGAUGGUCCGGAAAGUGGGCGCCAGUUUGCCAGUGGCUGUUAUCAAGACCGGAUUACGUUACAAGUGGUGUGCAUUUGUGAGAGAGGAUAUAAAGGAAGCCGAUGCGAUGAAUGUGCCUCUGGCUUCUUUGGAAACCCCGAAGAGUUUCGUGGGACUUGCCAGCCCUGCCAGUGUAACAACAACAUCGAUUCCUCUGAUCCAGAGGCCUGUGACAAGAGGACAGGCUUGUGCCUCAAGUGUUUGUUUCACACCCAGGGCCAACACUGCCAAGAGUGUAAACCUGGCUACUACGGAUGGGCUCUUCAGCAGGAUUGCAGAAAGUGUGUCUGCAAUUAUCUGGGGACGGUACGUCAGCGCUGCAGCAGCGCCGAAGACUGUGAGUGUGAGAGAGAAACAGGCCAGUGUCAGUGUCUCCCUAACGUGGUCGGGCAGAAUUGUGAUCACUGCGCUCCAAACACGUGGCAACUCAGCAGCGGGACCGGAUGCGAACCCUGCGCCUGCAAUCUGGAGCAUUCCUUCGGCCCGUCCUGCAACGAGUUCACCGGGCAGUGCCAAUGUAUGCCAGGAUUCGGGGGACGCACCUGUACGGAAUGUCAGGAAUAUUUCUGGGGUGAUCCUACUGUGGGCUGUCAAGCUUGUGAGUGUGAUUCACGAGGCAUCCAGACUCUCCAGUGUAACCGGUCAAGUGGCCAGUGCAUCUGUAAGGAAGGCGUGGAAGGAGCCCGUUGUGAUAAAUGCACCCGGGGCUACGCCGGCACGUUUCCAGAUUGUGCUCCUUGUCACCAAUGCUUUGCUCUCUGGGAUAUCAUCGUCAGUGAGUUGGCCAACAAGACCCAGAGAUUCCUGGAAAGAGCCAAAGUGCUGAAGAUCGCGGGGGUGAGCGGCCCCUACCAAGAGACCCUCCACUCGGUGCAGGAAAAGCUGAACGAGAUCCAAAGCAUCAUUGCUCAAAAUCCGGCGACCGAGCCUCUUCAGAACAUCGGCGACCUCUUGGAGGAAGCAGAGAAGCUAAAAACAGAUGUGGCCAAAAAGAUAACAGAAGUCGAAGCAAAGCUGUCUGCCGUGGCAAACGACAGCAGCGCCGUGGAGGCUGAGCUGAGGGCUUUAGAGGCAGAUGCGAAGAGUUUACACAAUGCUGUGAAGGAACUUGCCGAACAGCUGGAGUUCAUAAAGAUCUCCGAUGUUCGAGGUUUGUAUUUUGAGAACCUCGAAGAAUUUUGGCCGG